CUCGUCGUCGCCCUCAUCCUUCAACCAAAAGUCUAGCUUCUGCUCGCCACUAGCAGCGCUCGACACCUCAACCGACCAUGAAGCUCAACAUCGCCAACCCCGCUACUGGGGCCCAGAAGCUCGUCGACAUCGAGGACGAGCGCAAGGUCCGCAUCUUCUACGACAAGCAGAUGUCGCAGGAGGUAGCUGUUGACUCGCUCGGUGACGAGUGGAAGGGCUACGUUUUCCGCAUCACUGGCGGCAACGACAAGCAGGGUUUCCCCAUGAAGCAGGGUGUCCUCCUUAACCACCGUACCCGCCUCCUCCUCUCGGCCGGCCACUCGUGCUACCGCCCCCGCCGCACCGGCGAGCGCAAGCGCAAGUCCGUCCGUGGCUGCAUUGUCGGCUCGGACAUCCAGGUCCUCUCGGUCGUCAUUGUCAAGCAGGGCGAGCAGGAGAUCCCCGGCCUCACCGACGUCGUUCUCCCCAAGCGCCUUGCCCCCAAGCGCGCGACCAAGAUCCGCCGCUUCUUCAACCUCUCCAAGGAGGACGACGUGCGCCAGUACGUUGUUCGCCGUGAGGUGACCACCAAGUCGGGCAAGACCUACACCAAGGCGCCCAAGAUCCAGCGCCUCGUCACCCCCCAGCGCCUCCAGCGCAAGCGUCACCUCCGUUCGCUCAAGAAGCGCCGCUCGGAGGCCCAGAAGGAGCAGAAGGCCGAGUACGAGGUCGCUGUUGCCAAGUACGUCGCCGAGAAGAAGGCGCACCAACAGGCCGUCAAGGCCGCCCACAAGGCCGCCACCAAGACUGCCUAAACGGACCACGCAGUGUGCGGGUAUCUGUAGGUUUAGUGCAUUCUGGUUGGUCUCUUCAUGCGAUGUAUAGCAUGGCUCGAUCCGACGUGAGGCGUGUGUGUGCAACGAGUGGGCGUGUGUGUACAGCGAAUGGGCGGAUGUGUGCAGAAGAGGUGGGACGAGGUGUGCAGGUGUCUCUGCGACGCGGCUCAGUGCAGAUCUUGAGUAUCUGUUAGUUUUCUGUCGGUCGCGAGUACCAUAUUGAGCCGUACGAGCUGCGAUGGAUCGGCCGUCGCCCGUCGCACACAAAAUCAGGAGAGGCUGGGGUAGUUUGGGAUAUAUCACUCGUCCUCGGCGAUCGACAAUGCGCUUCGUCGACAUGCAGAAGUUG